CCUCAGUUCACUGAGCAUGCGCUUCCAUUCCUCCGUCCUGCCGCGGUACCGACGGUACACGCUGUUCUGCUGCUGUCUCUGGACCGGUGGCUGAGUGAAGCCAGUCACUCGGGUCUCACACACGUCCUCCUGUCAGCGGCUGCAUUAGUCAUGGCGACCUCCUUGAUCAGCCGUCAGCUCACUCUCUCCCUGCAAAACAACUUUCGUCUCAGCGCUGCAGGGAGCAGAUACAUCAGUAAGGCUGCAGCAAAGGCCCAGCUGGACUACGACUAUGACGGGCCUCUAAUGAAAACCACAGUCCCUGGGCCACGAUCACAAGAGCUGAUGAAACAACUGGGAGAAGUUCAGAACGUUGGUGCUGUUAAUUUCUUCUGUAACUAUGACGACAGCAGAGGAAACUACUUGGUGGAUGUAGACGGCAACCGCAUGCUGGACCUCUACACCCAGAUCUCCUCCAUUCCUAUUGGCUACAACCAUCCUGCUCUCCUCAAGCUGAUGGCUAAUCCUAACAAUCUGAGCACAUUUGUGAACCGACCUGCUCUGGGAAUCCUGCCACCUGAGAAUUUUCCUGACAAAAUCACAGAAAGUCUUAUUUCAGUGGCUCCCAGUGGGAUGACACGUGUCCAGACGAUGGCCUGUGGCUCCUGCUCCAAUGAGAAUGCCUUCAAAUCCAUGUUCAUCUGGUACAGGAACAAGGAGCGAGGCCACAACUCACCAUCUGAGGAAGAUCUGAGCACCUGCAUGAUAAACCAGGCCCCUGGUUGUCCAGAUCUCAGUAUUUUGUCUUUUAUGGGAGGCUUCCAUGGAAGGACAAUGGGUUGCUUGGCAACAACACACUCUAAAAUAAUCCACAAGCUGGAUGUGCCGUCAUUUGAUUGGCCGAUUGCCCCGUUCCCCAGACUCCAGUACCCUCUGGAGGAGUUUACUCGAGAGAACGCCCAGGAGGAGGCGCGCUGUCUGGAGGAGGUGGAGGACCUGAUAGUGAAGUGGAGGCAGAAGGGGAGGCCUGUAGCUGGGAUUGUGAUCGAACCCAUUCAGGCUGAGGGGGGGGACAACCAUGCCUCCCCAGAUUUCUUCAGGAAACUUCGCGGCAUCGCUCGCAAGCAUGGCUGUGCUUUUCAUGCCGACGAAGUGCAGACGGGUGGAGGAUCUACAGGGAAGUUUUGGGCCCAUGAGCACUGGGGUAUGGAGGACCCUGCCGACAUUGUGUCCUUCAGUAAAAAGCUCCUGUCGGGCGGUUACUUCUACAGGGAUGAGCUUCAAGCUGAUAAGCCUUAUCGCAUUUUCAACACAUGGAUGGGUGACCCAUCCAAGAACCUGUUCCUGGCUGAGGUUCUCAAUGUGAUUCGUAGAGAGAACCUUUUGGAGGAAGUGGCUCGCUCUGGAAAAGCCUUGUUAGACGGGCUGUAUGACCUGCAGGCUCAGUUCCCUGGCCUUUUGAGCCGAGCUCGAGGACAGGGGACGUUCUGUGCUGUUGAUGUAUGCGACGCUGCAACUCGUGACCGGAUCCUGCUGCAGACCAGAGACAAAGGUGUGAUCCUUGGAGGAUGUGGAGAAUCAUCGAUUCGCUUCCGUCCAGCACUCAUCUUCAGGGAUUACCAUGUCCACCUGUUCCUCAACAUCUUCAGUGAUGUUCUGGCUCACAACAAGUAAUUCUUGAAGGAACCUGGAGCUACAGAAGACAGACGGGUCGGGGUGGGGGGUUUCGGCUAAAUUUAUCUCACAGUCAACCUGAUCACAGAUCAAGGGCCACAGCAGAUGGCUGUCCUUUUCGAAGUAAACAGCAGGGGGUGCUAGAGAGCCCUUUAAUAGAAACCUUUUCAGCUGAUCCGCCCUCUGGAGGAAGUCAUGUUGCUCCUGAAGGCUUUGGCUGUUAUCCCCACCCCAGUGAGCACAAGCUCAUUGCUCAUAAACACUAUUUAGUUGUUUUAUUCCAUUUAUGUGCCACUGGUGUGUUUAUUAGUUUCAUUAUUUUCUGCCACAGCCUCCUUGUCUCCAUGUUUUCUGUUUCUGGUACAGAAACAAAAUGUCUCCAUCCUUCACCAUCAGAGUGACUUCUCCACCCUGGAUGAAGAUGCUGUCUCUCUGAGGCCUUUUGUGAGACUCAGAAAUAAAAGCGAGCAUUUUUUAAAAUCAGAUUCCACAAAUACAGAUGCUGUUAGCAGAAACCUGAACAUAACAAAGGAGGCGUGUUGUAGCCUGUUGGGGGCUCUGCUCUCUACGUCACUGGUUCUGAUCCAGCGACAACUCCUCUGUAAAAACUCCAGUAAACUAAGCCGCCAGCCUGCAUAUAUUUGAUUCUGUCUAUUAAAACUUGGUGUAUUAAUGA